AUGGGGAGUGGAGCAAGUGCUGAAGAUAAAGAACUUGCCAAGAGGUCCAAGGAGCUGGAAAAAAAGCUUCAAGAAGAUGGAGAUAAAGAGGCAAAGACAGUUAAGCUACUCCUGUUAGGUGCUGGUGAGUCAGGGAAAAGUACAAUUGUCAAACAGAUGAAGAUUAUCCAUCAAGAUGGUUAUACAGAAGAAGAAUGUAUGGAGUUCAAAGCAAUCAUAUAUAGCAACAUACUACAGUCCAUCUUAGCAAUCGUCAGGGCAAUGUCUACUCUGGGAAUAGAUUAUGCUGAGUCCAGCCGAGGGGAUGAUUCACGGCAGCUGUUCAGUUUGGCUGACUCCACUGAAGAAGGCACCAUGCCCCCAGAACUAGUGGACUGUAUAAAGAGACUUUGGAGUGAUGGAGGAGUUCAAGCCUGCUUUGAGCGAGCAGCUGAAUAUCAGCUCAAUGAUUCUGCUGCAUACUAUCUUAAUCAGCUGGACAGGAUCACAGCUCCCAACUACCUUCCCAAUGAACAGGAUGUAUUGCGAUCUCGAGUUAAGACUACAGGUAUCAUAGAGACAAAGUUCUCUGUCAAGGAUCUCAAUUUCAGAAUGUUUGAUGUAGGUGGGCAGAGAUCAGAGCGCAAAAAGUGGAUCCACUGCUUUGAAGGGGUGACCUGCAUCAUCUUCUGUGGAGCUCUUAGUGCAUAUGAUAUGGUCUUGGUGGAAGAUGAUGAAAUGAACCGCAUGCAUGAAUCUUUGCAUCUCUUCAACAGUAUAUGUAAUCACAAGUUCUUUGCUGCCACUUCCAUAAUUCUUUUCUUGAACAAGAAGGACCUCUUUGAGGAAAAAAUCAAGAAAGUACAUCUCAGCAUUUGCUUCCCUGAUUAUGAUGGCCCCAAUACAUUUGAAGAUGCAGGCAAUUACAUCAAGCUUCAGUUUCUUGAUCUAAACAUGAGAAAAGAUGCAAAAGAAAUUUAUAGUCACAUGACUUGUGCCACAGAUACACAGAAUGUCAAAUUUGUAUUUGAUGCAGUAACAGAUGUAAUCAUCAAAGAGAACCUAAAGGACUGUGGUCUCUUCUAAGAUUACAGUUUUUUAAAAAAAAGGAACAAGGGCUUCCAGUUAGCUUCACCAUUCUGCUGAGCAGAGCCAAUGGAGCAAACAGUCAUUCAGGAAUCCACACUUCUCCAUAACCCACCCAAGAUAAACAAUUCUACCAAGAACAUGCCAUCAGAAAAGCCUAAAGGAACAAAAAGUUAUGAGUCUCCCAUUUCUGAAUCAUUUUCUCUGAUAAUUUUCUCUUCUGAAGUACUCUACAAUCUCUAAAAGUGGAAACUGUAACAUGAACAACAGUGAAGACAAACUUGUUUACAAACAGUGAAUUUAUAUGUCAAACACUGAACCUCCGCAUUUAACUAUUUUUAAAAGCCAUAAUUCUUUCACAGGAAAAACAUAAUCAAUGCUUUUGGGUCUUGUUCAGUAGAACUGUUCAUUUUAAAACCAAUCGUCUGAAUGUCCAAGUCCAAAAAUUGUAUAUUGUAUAUGUGGUCAAAUGAUAAAUAUUAAGCCCAAAAAGAAAUGAGGCAUUUUCCAAUUUUAAACCUAUUAUAAAUAGAUUAAACACACAAUCUAUCUGCAGUUGUCAGAAACUUGGUGCAAUUAGUCCCCAGUGUCUUAAAUAAAAAACAUGUUUUCUAGUAUCCAAUUCAGUGAACCCAGAAUAGGUCUCUUUCCCCACACCAAUUAAACAGCGGUGCUUUAAUACCGACUGUGGAGACAUCUUCUCUACUUGUCUCACUAAUCCUGUGGAAGGAAACACACAUACAACCUCAACCCACUGACAUUACAGGGGCAGAGAACUUCUCCACACACACACAGGGAACAGAGGGAUACAAAAAGGAAAUACAUCCUGCUAUGUAGAGCUGUAUUGUUUCUGAACAUUUGUAAAAAAGUUGUAUUGUUAGACAAGAUUCUGGCUGUAUUAAGAUGUACUGCAAAUAAUUCCUCAUGCAGCUUCAAAUAAAUGUAAGAGAUAAAAAUAAAUUUGCAUUAAAAAGUAUGGGUGCAUUGUUGAAACGUAAUUUCUUCAACUCGUCACAUUUUUGUUUUCAAAGACAUCUGCUGUGAUUCAUAUGCUGUUUAUAGGAACUAAAAUGGCUCAAUAUAUUAUUUAUACAAUAUCUUUCACUGAUUUGAACACUUAAAUUCAUGCUUGUAUGAAAUCGGUCUUAAACUGAGUAAAUAAUAUGUUCCUGUUUUUAAAAAUGUAUAUGUCACCUUAGAUGGUUGAUUUGAGUCAUAUGAUUCAUUCAUUUAUGAAGAGUGUCCUCCCAUUGUACACUCAGAAAGAAACCUAGUAAGUCAGUUAUCUAUAGCAUCCUAUUUGUGAUAGACCAUUAUCACUUUUUACUAAGAUACUUAUUAUAGUAACAAGUUGCACAAUGUAUGAUUUCAAAAUAGCCACUGUAAUAUCUUGUUGAUAUAACAAAUGGUAAAAACUGACAAUUGACUUGCCACCAUUCUCAGAUUUUAUUAUUUCUUUCUGUAAAGCUUAUUAGUACCAAUAAAAUGGUAUUAAAUUGUUUCUGUCCUGCCAGCAAUAUCAGUUCCACUAGCAGCUGGAUUUGCCCUCUGUUUUGCAAUACCUUAAAUCUGUUCUCAGGGGCUGAUGCAGACAGCAUGCAGUCAAGAAAAACAAAGAAAACCCUGUUGGGUGAGCGAAAGUCUACCUGGAUAUUUGGUGUAGUCCAAUGAACUCUUCACAAAGCCAGAUACAACUCUACAGCUAUUUAUAUAAAAGUUUAGCAAUAGCAAAUAACUAAUCAGACUAACUAAAAUGUUUAUUGGCAAAAAUCAGAAAUGCAAGUAAGAAACUAACAAGGAUUUCUAGAAAUGGCACCAAUAAAAUUAGGAACUUAAGUUUUUUUAACUCACCAUUUUAAUAUUGCCAAUAACUACAUCAGGUUGAAACUGUACAUGAAAAUUGGGAAAGAGCCUCAAUGUAAUGGUUUAAGCAAAGAAAUGCCCUUACUCUGCUUAAUUUUCAUUACAAGAAAAACAAUGGCAAACAGGAAUUUGGCACCACAUUUACAUGCUGUUGGUACAUUUCCAAAAUCUUUUAAGGAUAAAAGGCCCUGGUAAAUGCAGAACUAAUUCCACUGUCUACAAAACUCCCCACUGCUUUAAGAUCAAACACAUACACAACAAUUAAGUGGUUGAUACAGUAGCCCUGUAGCAGCAUAUACCCUCCCCUCCAGCUUGGAAUUUUACAAAUCACUUUGCUAACUGGUACCCGCUUCAGAAAUUUCAUGUAAGAAUCAGAUUUUUACUUGCUACACCAGCUGCAUACUCAGCAAAUUGGUAAUCAGCAUAACCAGGCUAAACCUUCCCAACCCAUAAGCCAGACAUAAUUUGUUAAACUUGCUACAGGAAAUCUAUCUUUUUAGGAAGGGGGAAAGCCUUAUAGUAUAUGUAGCAGAAUGUUGACAAAGUAUACAUUAGAAGUAAGCCACAGCUUUAGCCAUAAGAAUUCUAAGGCCCUUUUAAAGUAGUUGCAAUACUAGCAAGUUCUGACCAUACCAAGUUUUAAAAACAAAAGGUUCCUGCUAAGAGGAAUACUUUCUGCAUGAUCUGGUCACAUCAUGUGCAUAGUUAUGUGUUUUUUGUUUGCUUUUAAAAUGUAAGGUUGAUUGCAAAGAAAAUAAAAUUUAAUCAAUAUAUAGUUUGAUGGAAAAACUUUUAAAAAUAGAGCAAUGAUGACUUAUUAAAGAAA